UCUUCUUUCAUCAGUGUUGACAAAUAAUUCGACAAAUGUAAACUAUUUUAUGGACUUAUUUACUUGAUCAUCAAAGGGAACUAUAUUUCAUUUGUUGAGUUGACUUUUUAUACUCUAAAAACUUUUACAGUAGUGCUAUAUAAUUUGAAACAAUUUGCAUUUUAUUGGAGCGAUAUACUAAUCAUAAUAAACAGUGUAAAUAGACAUAUAUUUUACGUGAUACAUAUUUCUUGUGGACUUGUGUGACACAGUUAUUAAAUAAGUAUGUCUACCAUGGUGAUGUGCCCGGAUCAGCCACCGGCUUCAGGGAUGUUCCCGCGAUACCCGUCACCGCCGGUAAGCUACCCGUUCAACGGCUUCAGCUACAACGGAUCUGGCACGCAGCAUCCACAGGACUUUAACCAGUUUCAAGUGCCAGACCAUGGGGUCCAGCAGGCUUGGUACAGCGCUAUGUACGGUCCUAGGCCUGACGAAUGGGGCUACGGUCCUGCUACCUCUAGCGCCAUGACCAGUACUCCGGCGGGAAUGGGCGCUUAUCCUUACCGUACUGGACAGAUGGGUGUAGACUACAGCCAAGCUCCGACUCAGAUGACUUCAGACUCGCCCUGUGACACCAGCUCCUCUAGUUCCUCUUCCGGUUCUCCGUCCAACAAGCAGCUCAGACCCCCUUAUGAUUGGAUGAAGAAAGCCGCUUACCAGUCUGCUCCAGUAUCAGGCAAAACCCGCACCAAGGACAAGUACCGUGUUGUGUACAGUGACCAUCAGAGACUCGAACUUGAGAAAGAAUUUCACUACAGCCGUUACAUUACUAUCAGACGAAAGGCCGAACUUGCUCAAACUCUGCAGUUGUCCGAACGCCAGGUGAAGAUCUGGUUCCAGAAUCGCCGUGCUAAGGAAAGGAAACAGAACAAGAAACGCGAAGAAAACACGCUCAUCAAGAUGGCGUCUGAACUAAGUGACCUCCCUGAAGAAAACAAGCAACAUCUCCAACAACACAUGAAUAUGCAAAUGACCCCACAUGCGCAACACCAGAUCCAAGUGACGUCACCAUCUCCUAAGCCAAUCCACACCCAGAAUCCGUACCAAUACCAGCAUCAAGGUCACGUGACACACAUGUCCCCAGAGGGAGCCAUAUCUCCACAGAAUCACAUGACACACAACCAGUAUUCGUCCCCAAACCAGCUCAACCUGCCGAUCUCUCCCGGAAAUGAAGUCAUAGCAACAUCAACUUCCGGUUCCCUUUCACCAGUCACUAUCAAAACAGACUUAGAUGCAAGUGAUAAUAGCGGGUCUUAAAUAUAUCUUGGACUAGAUAGAUCAUUCAAAUGUACUAAGCACAGGCAGUCUGAACGUUAAAAAGCUGGUGUAUUUAUUCGUUGUAUAAUAGAUUAUUUCUGUAUAAAAAGGACUAUAAAAGACUGUUUUUUAAGUUUAAAGUUAUUUUGUUUAUUAAUAAGAAGUGUUAAAUUAACACUAGUGUUUAGAAAUUACAAUCUCUAAAAUUUUAACUUGUUACAGAGACAUUUUGAAGCUUUUGUUUCUGAUUUCGAUUUCGCCAGAAACUUUAGUUAAAAUCAAUCUCUGAAUGAAGAAAUGAGAAAGUUGGUCUGAAAUUAUCUUUCUAUAUAAUAACCGUGUUUGCAUGUUAUCGCAAAUAAAAUAAAUACCCUUUCUUUCUUUUGGAAACGUGAUUUAAGAAUUUGUGUCCGAAUAAUAAUUAUAAUUUCCGUAAUAAUCAUAUAAAAAUGUUUAUUACGGAAAUUAUAUUUCGUCCAUGAAACUUUUCACGCUUUCAAAAGGGAAAUGAAAUUUUUCGUAGUUCAGAAAGCAUUAAAUGCUGGGAUUAUCCUAUGAUUUUUUUUUUCAAGAAAUGAUAAAUUGUUCAAGCUUUUUUAUCAUUUGUUGAUAAAAAAAAUUUAUUCAUCAUAGGGAAAUCUCACAUAAUCAAUGCAAAACUGAUCUCAACUAUCGAAAUUCAAAAUGUUUGAUCUAGAAUUGAUACUAGCUUUAAAAAUUUCACUUUCACGUCGUGUGUUUUACGUCCUCACGUUAUAUAAUUAUCUAUAGAAAUACAUUAAAGGGACUCCACUGCUGAUUUUUAACAUGACUGGACUGAAAAAAAAAUUUCGGGAUCAAUGUUCCAUUUGAUGUAGGUCUAGACCAAUAAUUUGUGUGCAAAAUUUCAGAUCUUUCGGCGACAUCUUUUUUUCCUGAAUAAUAAUAGUUAUAAUUGUGGAAAAAAUGACUCUGAGUAUAUUUCUUAUCUUAUUUUGCAUAUCCUGUUUUUAAAUGCCCCCUGCUGAUCUAUGUAGUAAGAAAUGUGUUUUCUUUUGGACCUCAGUGGAGUUCCUUUAAGUUAUGAGUACAUAUAUUUUUAAACGAGACUGAAAAUAUGACGUCACUCCCCAUUAAUGUAACAACCUAAGCACUGGUAAAAGCACAUACAUGUUUAAUAUGUUCAAUGUAAAAAAUCUGUUUAUUAUAUGUGUAUUAUAUUUGUAAAUAACAUAUUGUACAUUUAUCACUACAUUAAAACGACUACGUUGUUGUAAAUAUUUACAUUAUCAUUAAAAUGAUAUUGAAAA